GAUAAAUAUUGUAAAUAUUAAGCGCGAUAGUCAAUUUGAAGCGAAAGCUUCCGUAUAAAAGGGGGAUUGAAAUAGUCAAUAGUUUUAGUUAGGGGUUUUCCGAGCUAUAGGUACUGCGAUAUUGGACAGUAGAGAGAACAUUUCCAGAUAAAGAUGUCGCUUACAUUGAAAGAUUCUCCAAAUGCGCAAAUCGACAAGAGUAUCCUUGAACGGUAUAUCAAUCUUCCAAUACCGAAUGAUGCUAUAAUUGCUACCUACGUUUGGAUCGAUGGAACUGGUCAAGAUGUUCGGUGCAAAGAUAGAACCCUCACCUCCGUGCCAAAAAGCCCAAAAGAUCUACCAAUUUGGAAUUAUGAUGGAAGUUCAACCUACCAAGCUCAAGGGUCUAACUCCGAUACAUACCUCCAUCCUGUAGCUAUUUACAAGGAUCCGUUCAGACGCGGUAGUGCUAUACUGGUUCUGUGCGAUACGUACAAAGCUGAUGGAACGCCAACAGCAACCAACAAAAGAAAAACGUGCUUAGAAGCGGUUAACAAAUGCCUUAAUGAGGAACCAUGGUUUGGAAUCGAGCAAGAGUACACAUUGCUAGAUUUUGAUGGUCAUCCACUUGGGUGGCCAAAGAAUGGUUACCCAGGGCCUCAAGGACCUUAUUACUGUGGUGCCGGAGCUAAUAAGGUAUACGGAAGAGAUAUCGUCCUUGCACACUAUCAGGCAUGCCUCUAUGCUGGUAUUAAAAUAGCUGGAACCAAUGCAGAAGUGAUGCCUGCUCAAUGGGAAUACCAAGUUGGCCCAUGUGAAGGUAUCUCGGUUGGGGAUGACCUUUGGAUGUCAAGAUUUAUUCUUCACAGAAUCGCAGAGGAAUUUGGCGUUGUAGCUACAUUGGAUCCUAAACCAAUGCCUGGAGACUGGAAUGGGGCCGGCGCUCAUACCAAUAUAUCUACUGCAAGGAUGAGGGCUGACGGUGGAAUUCAUGAAAUUGAAAAGGCGAUUGCCAAGCUCUCUAAAUGCCACGAAAGGCAUAUUCGCGCUUAUGAUCCUAAUGAGGGACGUGACAAUGAACGACGCCUAACAGGUCGCCACGAAACCAGUUCAAUUCACGACUUCAGUGCGGGUGUCGCUAAUCGUGGAGCUUCUAUUCGUAUUCCAAGAGGAGUUUCCGAUGAAGGAAAAGGCUACUUCGAGGAUCGUCGUCCUAGUUCGAACUGUGAUCCUUAUAGUGUUGUUGAAGCAAUUCUCAGGACCAUCUGUUUAGAUGAAUAAUUUGAAUCGUCAAGUAGUAGUUCCAUGAUUCAUUUUAGCUUCAUUUAGAUAUUAGAUGGAUUGAUUUAUUAUACAAGUACAUUUAGAAUUCAUUUAUGCAUGCAACUUGAAGAGUAACAAUAAAAGUUGAAUAUGACAGUCAUAAAACUAA